AUGGGCUAUUUUUCGUACGAAUUCGUCAGUCGCUGUUCCCUCGCUAUCACCAGCAGCCCAACUCCACUCAGCCACUUCCAAUCUUCGAGCUCAUGCGUCUUCCAGGACGCUGUCGACUUUCGCAAGCAUUCGUUGAAGAUCAUUGACCAGCUCCAGAAUGGCACUUAUGUGGCGCGUCAGAAUAAUUUACCAGUGACCCCUUCGGGCUCAAUUGCAACAACUAUUCUUCCAAUUCCUUGGCACAGUACCCCAGUUCUUUAUCAAGUUGUGUCUCGAGAGCAAAAAGUACUGCUCUCGACAUGCACGUACCGUACUUCUUCCGAGCACGAGGAAUUCGUCUUCGUCACCCCUCCAACGGCACCUCAUCGCGUCUUUGGUCUUGUAUUGGAGGGUGAAGACACAAGUUUCCGCCCCUGCAAAGUCGCGUUUGAAAGUGUUCCUGAUGCAGUAACUGUCUCUCCCAGAGUUCUACGGAGCUUAUCACGAACUAUGAAAAAGGAUGACAUCGUGCUUGCUGAUACUCGGGUCAAUGUCUCCACAGCGAUUCGCUUUUCCGAGUCGCCUGCCUCGGUGGAAGAUCAGCUCGCUCUGUGCAAGCUGGUCCGUCCAAUCAUCCCUUCCCAUCCGCAAGAAGGACUGCUACCGUUGAAGAUUUUCGAUAUUCCUCGUGACGAGAGGGACUGGAUCGAUGACCGAAUUGGAAGAUUCACAAACUACUUCAAAAAUCCCCGAGAAGCCCACCACAAAAUGACCCAGCUGUUCAAUGUGGGCUGCUCUGCUCUGCUUGCCAUCGAAGUGCACAAGGAGACUGACAGCUACAGUACCCAGCCUCACUGCUUUUCCGAUUCGGUUCCACUUCACUUUGCACCUGGAGUCAGAAGUCGGCUGGACAGCGAAUCGCUCUGUGUUCUGUGGAUAGUUGGUGCUGCUUCUGUUGUGCGCGUCUCCAUUCUGAGAACAAAAUUUGACCCUCAGAGAAGGACCCUCGACAUCCAACUCGUCUCUUCAGCUCGCCUCCACCGCUCUCUCAUGCAAUCGGUAAAUGAAUUUAGUUGGAAAGAGAAGGGUACCAAGCUAGCCCGCCAGUGUGUCAAUCGGACAGUGCCAGUGUACCCGAUGCUCACCAAGCACAAGCUCUUCGAGAACAUCACGAGAAACAGCGAGUGUCGAGGAGCGCAGGUGCUCGAUGCGGUCUACAACAACCUGUCCUCCUAUAAAAUAGCUGGUUCCGACUACCUGUAUGCUGACCGAACAGCAAAACGAAUCUCCUUGGAUGGCAAGUCCCUCGAACUUGGUUCAGACCAGGUGGCUGCUAUCCGACUAGGAUGUGAUGAUCGUCGUCCAAUUGUGGCCAUUCGAGGACCAUUUGGCUCAGGAAAAACUCUGGUUGCUGCUUUGAUAGCUGCACGGGUUGUGCGCAAACAAAAAGGCUUUUCUAUCAUCACUGCCACCACAAAUGGCGCAGUGGCGCAAAUCACCGACACCGUUCUGAAACUCGAUGAGUACAGAGACCUGUCCCGUGCUGCGCUACGUGUCCGACACUUCGCUUAUCGAAGCAUACUGAAACGCCUACCCGAUGACUAUUUUGAACAGUUGUCGCGUGAGGAUUUGAGGACUUGUCAAAGUUUCAAAAAAGGGCGUGAGCUACUGGAGAAGUACUUAUUCACCCCGGAAAACGGGUUACAUCUGACCGCGUCUGAGCAAAAAGAGUACCGUCUGGCCGAGCAGGAGGUUUCCGCCAUCACAUCCAAAGCAAUAUUUGCUCUUCGAAACUCCAUUCUAUGGGAAACAAUGGAAUCCGAAGAAGGAAGUCGAAAAGUGAUGAGUAUGCCAGAAAAAACCCUAGAUAAG